AUUAUACAAUGAAUUUUAAUAACUCUUCUAUUUAUUUUUAAUUUUAUUAUUAUAAAUAUUAAACAUCCAUUAGCUAUAGGAUUAACCUUACUUAUUCAAACUAUUUUAGUUUCAAUAAUUUCAGGAUUAAUAACUAAAACAUUUUGAUUUUCUUAUAUUUUAUUUUUAGUAUUUUUAGGAGGAAUACUAGUUCUAUUCAUUUAUGUAACUUCUUUAGCUUCAAAUGAAAUAUUUACAUUUUCUUCAAAAAUUUUAAUUUCAUCAAUUUCUAUUUUUUUUAUUAUAAUUAUUUCAUUAUAUUUUAUUGACAAAAGAAUUCUAUUAAAUUAUUCUAAUAUAGAAAUUCAAUCAAUUUCUAAUUUAAAUUCAUAUAUAAUAGAAAAUUCUCUUUCUUUAAACAAACUAUAUAAUUAUCCAACUAAUUUGUUAACAAUUUUAUUAAUAAAUUAUUUAUUAAUUACAUUAAUUGCAGUAGUAAAAAUUACUAAUUUAUUUAAGGGACCUUUACGACCUAUAUUUAAUUAA